GAAGAAGAAGAAGUAGAACUAGACAGUAGAUGAAAGUUUAGAGCUACACACUCUUGUACAGUAGGUGGAAGUAUGCACCUGCACCUAUAAGUUGUUUGCAAUCCGCAAAUUAAAGGAAAGAAGAAGAAGAAGGGUUCACAGCAGCUAGCCAGCUAACUGCUGCUAAUCCUCGGCUAAUAUGCAGCCAGAGGACCCAGCAUCGUCUCUGAAAACUGAUUUGUUAAAAUCACCCGAUACGUUUUGUGUUCUUGUGGGUGUAACAGGGAGCGUUGCAGCGUUGAAACUACCAGUCUUGGUCUCUGAGCUUCUUCAGCUCCCCGGGGUGAAAGUAAGAGUGGUCACCACAGAGCAUGCCAAACACUUCUACAGUCCCUCAGAUGUUUCUGUAAAGAUCUACACUGACAAGGAUGAGUGGGAGCUCUGGACCCAAAGAUCCGAUCCUGUGCUUCACAUUGAGCUGAGACGCUGGGCAGACCUGCUGAUCAUUGCCCCUCUUGACGCCAAUACUCUUGGAAAGAUUGCUAAUGGGAUCUGUGACAACCUACUGACGUGUGUGGUGAGAGCCUGGGAUACCAGUCGACCUCUCCUUUUCUGUCCUGCUAUGAAUACAGCUAUGUGGCAGCAUCCCAUCACGGACCAGCAGGUCUCCAGGCUAAAAGAGUUUGGAUAUGUAGAAAUCCCCUGCAUUGCUAAGAAGCUAGUCUGUGGGGAUGAAGGUAAAGGCGCCAUGGCAGAGGUAUCGACCAUUGUCAGUAUUAUCAGGCAACAUCUUCCAAAUCAAGAUGAGUCGCUGCAGAAAACGUGAAAGUUUCCAGGAGAAACCAUCCAGCUGAGACUAUCUAUUCAAGUUGAAUAGCUUUCAUACUUUUGUACAAAGGUUUUUUUUUUUUUUUGCAUAAAUACGCCACCUGGUAUAGUUU